CUACAAAGCUAGUUAAAUGGAGGUCUGAUCGGUAAUGUCACGUUGAAUUAAUACCUAAUUACUUCUUGUUUGUUAAGGGGACAUUUUUUUGCCUGAAGAUAAAUUAAAUAUUUGGCUGCAGAUUUACUUAAACGAAAAUAAUGGGAAACGAAUCUAAGCUUGACUUAGAGAAAUCAACAAAUGGUGAUGAUGAAAGUAAGAAAAAGAAAAAGAGUAAGAAACACAAGAAGCGUAAAAGAACAUCCGAGGAAAAAGAAGAUAAGGGAUAUAAGAAGAAAAAGAAAUCCAAGAAAGAAAAAUACAAAAGUCCUAAACAAGAGAGUGAAACAUCACUUUCCGACGUAGAAGAUCUAAUAAAAAAAUCUAGGCGAUGUAAACCUAAGAAAAAGGAGUCAUCUCUGGAAACUCCUAUAAAAGAUUCGAAGAAAACAGUCAAAUCUAAGAAUAGCGAUGAACCUACUGAAGAAACGCGAAGUACUAGUAGUACUGUUACACAGAAAGUAAGCGAGACUUUAGAAAUUUUAUCAUCAAAUUCAGAAGAUGAAAAUUACCAAGAAGAUUGUGCUAGUCCAGAAUUAACAAUUAUAGAGGACGAUCUAAACUUAGAAGAAUUAAUGAAACAGAAAGAGUUGUUACAAGCUCGCUUGGUUGCAUAUAGUUCUGACAGAAGCGAUGAUGAGGCUCGUAAAGAAUCUAUUAAAAAUAAGGUUAUUUGCAUAAAUGACGAGGAAAUUAAGACUCCUAUCCGAAAAAGGGAUAAACGUGAUCGUGAUGUUGACUCAAAAAUGAUUAAUAAACUUACACCUGUUAAAGAUCGAUCUUCGGAAAAAGAUAAACAGAAAAUUAAACGUCAAGGGGAAGAUUUAAGAGAAAUACUUAAUAGGGAAAGUAGAAAAGAGAUGGACAAAAGGAUAGAAGAUAAGGAACAUCGUGACCGAAAAGAACGUGAUCGUCGUAAACUUGAUUUUGACAGAGAAAGAGAACGUGAACGUGAAAAGGAGAGAGAACGAGAACGCGAGAAAGAAAGAAUCCGAGAUCGAGAAAGGGAGAGAGAACGAGAGAGAGAUCGAGAAAGGGAGAGAGAACGGGAAAGAGACCGAGAAAGGGAAAAGAAACGAGAGAGAGAACGUGAGAGGGAAAAAAACGAGAGAGAAAGGAACGAGAGGGAAAGAAGUGAGAGGGAAAGAAGCGAGAGGGAAAGAACCGAGAGAGAAAGAAACGAAAAAGAAAAAAAUCGAGAUCGUGAUGUAGAUAGUCGUUUAUCAGAAAUACGACGAAGAGAAAGAGAACCAGUGCGGAGCUGGCGUUCAAGAGAUAGGUCAACGAUAUCACGUCGUGAUAGGAGGUAUUCAGACCGCGAUCGCAGGUCACGAGACCGCAGUAGAGAUAGAUAUAGACCACGAUCACGUGAUAAACCUUAUUAUAGACCUGAUCAACGGGAAUAUAGGGGUAAUAAUAAUUCAUCAAAUGAAGUUGCCCAAAUAGUGCCGAGUUCUAGUGACGAAGAACUAGAUAUAUCCAUUAAUACUGAUGAUGAAGAAGAAUCUGAAGAACAAAUCAUUGAAAGAAGAAGGAGGCAACGAGAACAGCUUUUGAAGAGAUUGGGCUGUCAUAAUAGUGGUAAUUCAAACACAGAGCAAGCUAAUGUAGCAACUCUUGGUAAAGUUGAAUCCGCAACACUCGACAACAAAAAAUCCAAGGAAUCUACUACGGUGCACGUUCCAUCUAAAGCUGAUAGUAAAAUUGAGUUCAAAUUGGAGAAGAGCAAUGUUAGAAAUGUUGACAAUGAAUCUAAAAGUACAGCCAAUUUGGAUAAAUCACGUAGGAAAAAUGAAUGGGAUAUGUUUGCAGAUCAGGACAAUUUCGGCAGUGUAGAUACACCAACUGCUGGAAAACCUCGAAGUAAGAAUGCACUAGAAAAUCCUUCGCUUACUGAUAACUGGGAUGAUGCAGAAGGAUAUUACAGGGUCCGAAUAGGUGAAAAUUUGGAUAACAGGUACACAGUUUAUGGCUACACUGGUCAAGGUGUCUUUUCAAAUGUGGUGCGUGCUCGUGACCAAGCACGUGGUAACACGGAUGUUGCAGUUAAGAUCAUUAGAAAUAAUGAGAUUAUGCAUAAAACAGGCUUAAGAGAAUUGGAAAUCUUGAAGCGUUUAAAUGACGCUGAUCCUGAUGACAAAUUUCAUUGCUUGCGUCUUUUCCGACACUUUUUCCACAAACGACAUCUUUGUAUGGUCAUGGAACCUCUUUCAAUGAACUUGAGAGAGGUUUUGAAGAAAUAUGGAAAAAAUGGUGGUAUACAUAUUAAAGCUGUAAGAAGUUAUACACAACAAAUUCUGCUUGCUUUAAAGUUGUUGAAAAAGACAGGGAUUGUACAUGCUGAUAUAAAACCUGACAAUAUACUGGUUAAUGAAAGUAAAUUAAUGCUGAAACUCUGUGAUUUUGGAGCAGCAUCACAUGUAACAGAUAAUGAUAUUACACCAUACCUAGUUUCAAGAUUUUAUCGAGCUCCAGAAAUUAUUCUUGGAGUGCCAUAUGAUUAUGGUAUUGAUAUGUGGUCGACUGCAUGUACGAUAUAUGAAUUAUCGACAGGAAAAAUUAUGUUCAGUGGUAAAUCCAAUAACGAAAUGCUGAAAUAUUUUAUGGAUUUAAAAGGUAAAAUACCUAACAAAAUAAUAAAAAAGGGUAACUUCAAGGACCAACAUUUCGAUGUCAAUUGUAACUUUCUAUACCAUGAACUGGACAAGAUCACAGAAAGGGAAAAAAUUGUAAUUAUGUCAAGUAUAAAGCCCACGCGCGACUUACAAACGGAAUUAGCACCGCCGCACCAUCGCCUACCUGCCCCAGAAGCUAAAAAAAUCUCACAACUCAAGGAUUUACUCGAAAGGAUGAUCAUGCUUGAUCCAGCAAAGCGUGCAUCCGUAAACCAUUGUCUGGCUCAUCCUUUCAUUCAAGAAAAAAUUUAAUCUUCCUAUAUGUAUACACUUUUGACAAUUAUAUAUAUUGUCUCAUGUUUUAAAUUUUAUAUAAAUUACUUGACAUGAAGUGUAAAACUUAUUUUUGUGUACAUAUUAAAAUAACGAAAAAGGUUGUAACAUGUGUCCACCUUGUUCUGAGACAUUGAUUGGUUUUAAUGUACAUAUAAACAUUAAACACGUAAUUAAUAUAUUAUUAUAUUUAGGUUUAAAUUGAAGUGUAAAAGCACACAUUUUAAACACUCUUUUCAGAUUCUAAAUGUAUAUUUAUAAGCUUAUCAAUGUUUAUGGUACAUAGGUCAUUCUGAAAAAUAUACUACAGUUUAAUAUAAGUUUUUGUUUUGAUGGUUAAAAGGGUUGUUACAUUAUUAAUUUUAACAAAAAAACCUUGUAAAAGAAAAAUUUAAUAUUAAAACUUAGCUC